AGGUCGGGAGUGAUACGUGUGCGGAUUCGCCGCACCACGAAAGGCAUUAUAAAUUCGGGGCAGCCAGCCUCCCUCGUUGCAGCAGCAGCGGCGGCGGCCAGCGGAGGAGGGCACAGGCAGCAGCUAACAUCCCUCACUCUCGGUACCUGACCUGACCACGAGAGCAACAUGGGCGGAGGACACGACAUGCACGGGCAGCACUACGGCCACAACGGCGGCGUGAAGGGCUUCGUGUCCAACCUCGUCCACGGCGGCGGCGGCCAUGGCCAUGGAAGCGGCUACGGCCAUGGCCAUGGAAACGGCUACGGCCAUGGGAAUGGCGGCUACGGCGGCGGCCACGGGUACCCUCCUCCCGCCGCCGCCGGCGCGUACCCUCAUCCGCACGGCGCGUACCCUCACCCGCACGGCGGCCACGGGUACCCUCCUCCCGCCACCUACCCCGCGCACUCGGCGCACUACGGGCACACGGGGUCGUACCACACCAGCCACAACAGCUACGGCGGCGGCGGCGGCCACCACGGCAUCUACGGCGGCGGCAAGCACGGCGCGUUCGGCGGCGGCAACCGCAAGAGCGGCGGCGGCAAGUUCAACAAGUGGAAGUGAAGCGACCGAAACGAAUCAAAACAACACCCUCAGUCUCGCUUCGCACACGUGCACCCGCACACGAAUCCUAGUGCUACAUAAUAAAGUGCAAGCAGGCAGGAGGCGUACGUGUGCGAGUGAGUGCUGCUGCUGCGGCGACCGUGUGACCGUAGUCGUUAUUUGUGUGUACGGAAUAAAGUGGUGAGCGCUGAGACGUGCGUGUCAGCCUAGUAAUAACUAAAAUAAUGGCCGUGUUCACGUAACGUGCUCGCCGUAUGUACCAUCGUGUGUACCGGCCGUACGUAUGUACAAGCCGAGUGCAAUAAUACAGUACUAUGUGUAUUAUUAAAUCUCAUGCUUUGAAAUUGCUUC